GGCGUGGGAGCUUGGUGCGCCAUCACCAAUGACAUUUAUCAGUGGCUUCAAGUUGAUCUUCGGAAAUAUACCACAGUGACUCGCAUAGCAACUCAGGGCAGAAGUGAUUGGAACCAAUGGGUUACCAAGUACAGGUUACAGUACAGCGAAGACGGAGUGAACUUCAAUUUUUACAAAGCACUAGGACAAGAUUCAGCAAUGGUACGCCCAGUUAAUAUGCUUCUCGCCUCAUUUUACGUAAUCCGGAUUCCGGAAUUCGGCAAAUUUUUGCGUAAUCCGUGAUCCGGCAAGACGGUGAUACUUGUGGAAUCCGGAAUCCUGUUAAUGAAGCUCAAAGAAUCCGAAAAUUUCGCUAACGAUUGGAAUCCAGAAUCCAAGACUGUCUUGGAUCGCUUUACAUGGGGCGAUUGUUUCUCUACCAGUGGUGGAUCCAGGGGAAGGAUUCAGGGGGAGGGUCCAGGGGGUCCGGACCCCCCAUAUCAGACCUGACGCUUGUUUGAGACUGAAAUUCUCACAUCAGCAGGAUCGUAUAUCACUCUUUAACUCGCUGAUUUUUUUCGUGAAACGCGCGUUGUACUUGCCACUGAACUAAAUUCCAGGGAUAUUCAAAAAAUGUAAUUGUUUUGGGUACCCUCCUAUGAUCUGUUCGCCUCUGCUCGCCAAGCAGUAUUUCCCGCGCAACCGGCGACCGGCGUUCGCAGAUUGAGAAGCGCGUGCUCGUCUCUGUGAGAAGUAAUUUGCCACAAAAAAUUUCAAAAGUCCUUUCUGAACCAAAGUUUGGACCCGCCCCCCCAUCAAAAAUUCCUGGAUCCGCCACUGUCUACGUUACUUGGUUCUUGUUUUUGCUGUUGUUGUUAUUAAUUAUUAUUAUUAAUUUGCUGUAUUUAAGAAAAUUCAUUUAUAGUUCAGAAGGUUACGAGCCAAUAAUAAUUAAAAAUAUAUCGGUGUAUGAAAUAAUUGUUUAUUAUGUUUGGAUAGUUGUUUGAUGGAAACAAAGACAGAAACACCAUUGCUUACCAAACAUUGAGCCAGCCAAAAAGAGCGCGUUAUGUCAGGAUACUUCCGGAGGCUUGGUACGGUCACAUAUCAAUGAGAAUGGAACUCUACGGCUGUUCAGGUAUUUUUUUAAAAAAACUGCCUCAGGAUUGUUCAUUUCGCGGCCUUCACACCAUAAUGGAAUCCCAAGUCAUAUACAAUCAAGAAACCCAAAUUGCAGCGAAUACUGCCGAGAUCAACCUCAGUUCAAGUUUUUAAAGUCACCCGCUUUGAUAAGGCAGAACAUACGUGGAGACAAAAAGCUAGGCCGACUGUCUAGCUAAUCCUGAACUAUUUUAAAAAUUCUUCGGGGCCGUCUCUAUUUCCUGAAGAGGUCAGAAGGUGUCCUAGUGGACUUUCUCAAAGUCCUACGCUUCUAAUUUCCUCUACCUGUAGUAACUCACUUGUGCCGCAGAAGACAAACACAUCUCCCGCUCGUGCUUCGCGCUCGAGAAAUUUUUUUAGCUCGACUUGAGGGUAAGUCUAGUAUCCCAGCUGCAUGUGCAGUCAGCCUUGAUUUAUUUAUUUCAAAAGUUUAUGAAAUUUUUUUUGAAAAAUGUUGGCUUUUGCUGUAUCAUGACAAAAUACCGUUUUGACAUUGAUGCAACAUCUAACAUACAUGUAAAUUUCCUCUACUGAUCUUUCUUACGAUUAGCCUGUGAAGCGCCUCUGGGCAUGGAAAGCGAAGCAAUUACCGAUUCUCAAGUAAGCGCAUCUUCACAACUGGAUGGCCAACAUUCUGCAACGAAAGCCAGAUUGCAUUUCAAAACAGACGAAAACAAAGAUGGAGGCUGGUCAUCUCACUCAAACGAUCCCAACCAAUGGCUUCAGGUGGAUUUCCGUAGCUAUGCCACAGUAGCACGUAUUGCGACUCAGGGUAGACACGCCCACAAUGAAUGGGUAGUUAACUACAAAUUAAACUAUAGUGAUGAUGGCGCGACAUUCCAAACGUGCAGAGUGCCAGGAACCAAUAUCUCUAAGGUACUGCUCUGUCCUAAAAAAAUGGCUCUCUUUCACGCUUUUUUUGCAAAAGAAGGGCACUGGAGCCGUAAUGAGUCCCUCAAUUGCUUCUUGGAUGGAGACUGGGGACGCGCCGUUCUACUGACCAAUUUUUUUCCCUGUCCUUAAUAACAAUUCCAGAACUCUUUGCUAAGCCUAUUUUUUUCUUGUUUUUUAAGUGGCGAAUUGCGUCCUUAUAAUCUUUCUACUUACACAUAAGCUUUUUAAUGAAUUGAACUAAACGACGUAUUGCUUUCAUUCUGAUUGACAUGCGUACUUUUUACCCGAUUGAAAUAGCGCCUCUCAAGAACUCCGGUUAACAGGGGUUUUCCUCCUACUGCUUGAAAACAGUUCAUGUCCCCCGAGUCCUGUCGACGUAAGUACACUGUUAAUGUUUGUUUUCUUCGUUUAGGUUUUUGCUGGUAACAAGGACAGUGACAGCGUUGUGAUCCAAAACUUGAAUCCGCCAAUCACAGCACGCUUUUUAAGGAUCCUGCCGACCAAGUGGAAUAACCGGAUUUCCCUCAGAAUGGAGCUCUAUGGUUGUGCAGGUAUUCUG